GUCUAAAGCUGGGAUGAAGAGCACGUUAUCGUUGAAGGCUGGUCAUCCUCCUGCAGUAAAAGCAGGAGGAAAACGAGUUGUUAAGAAAAACAGUGAGGAUGGAACCCCGGAGAAGGAAAGCAAGAGAGCGGAUAAACCCAGGUCUUUGACCACCUUCUCUCGGAUGCAGCAAAUGGGUAUUCUAAUGGCAGGCCCCCUAGAGAAGUUGGGCCAUGAUUUCCCCGAGACUCCAGUUUCAGUACGGCACCAGAAGGUCAGACCCAGCAUGGAGAAACUGCACAUGCAGCGCUGCUUCUUCAUCCAGCAGCCCCGCAAGUGUUGAGCCAAAAUGGCUAACAGCUGAAGAACCAGGAUGUGUGCGAGAUGUUUGUGCAAAGUGAACAGGAAGUAUGUGUGAUUGAGCUGAGUAGUGCAUAUCGAGGAUCUGAGACAAAUUUUAUAUUUUAAAUCCUUGACUCCUUGCUUUAUGAAUUCUGAUUACUUUGCAGAAAAGAAUGCAUGAGCUCAUGUUUACUCAUUAAAUAAAUAUGUAUUGCAUUAA